GUUCCGGAUCGGUUAGAGCGGGACAACGAAACGUUCCAACGACUAUCAGCCAAUGCCCGCGCUGCAGAGAGGCAGAGGGAGAGCGACAAAGAACGAGGGAGAGCCGACACCAGCACACACCACUUGAGCAGAGGAACAGGUCGAGCAACUACUACUACCUGAAGCUCGACUGAGCGAAGACCGGAUUCUGGCAGAAUCGAGUCAGUGCGAUCGUCGCUGCUGAGAGAAACAGUCUCAAUCUUGACAACGUGACGAGCAGUUCUUGUUUCGAGUCGCGCCUCAAAUACAUACAUACAUAUAUUAUUGUACGUUUCGGAGUUUAGAAGCAGUUCGAUCGAUUUGAACCGUCGUUAGAAAUUUCGUAACCCCCCUAUUCACACUUCGAGGAGAUCUAUACGAAAUGUUGGCCCUGCCAAACAUCGCCGAUCUGCGCAUGCAGCAGCAGAUCGCUCACGAGAUCUAUCGCCACCAGAUUAUGCAACGUUUGCCUGAUCCCCUGUGCGGCCUUCUGCCUGCCUUUGCUGGGCACUUUGUGCCUCCGCCGCCACCACCUCAGCAACCAUCGCUGCCUGGAGUGGAGGCCAAGCUGGAGAACAACGAACUGUGGCAACAGUUCCACAACAUCGGCACCGAGAUGAUUAUCACAAAGUGUGGCAGACGCAUGUUCCCCUCGAUGCGGGUCUCGUUGAGUGGACUCGAGGAGGAGGCCAGCUACUGCGUGCUCCUGGAGAUGGUACCCAUUGGAGACUGCCGCUACAAGUUCUCCGGCUCUCAGUGGGUCCCGGCUGGAGGAGCCGAACCGCAGAGCCCCCAGCGCAUGUAUCUGCAUCCGGAAAGCCCGGCCACUGGCAAGCAUUGGCAGUCGCAGGCUCUACUUUUUAGCAAAGUGAAGCUGACCAACAACACCCUGGACAACAACGGACACAUUGUCCUAGCCAGCAUGCACAAGUAUCAGCCGCGUUUGCAUGUUAUACGCACCUCUGAUCUUGGCCAGAUUCCCUGGGCCCCGCAGCAGGCCUUCGUCUUCCCCGAGACGGAGUUCAUAGCCGUGACCGCAUAUCAGAACGAUCGCAUCACCAAGCUGAAAAUCGACAACAAUCCCUUUGCCAAGGGUUUUCGUGAGUCGGGCCAAUCACGGUGCAAGCGCAAGCUAAACGAUUCACCGCCUCCACAGCCGGCGGCCACAGCAGGAGGAACCAAUGUGGAGCACUCACCAUUAGCCAAGCGUCUGCGUUUGGUCGACGAUCUGUCGCUGCAUCCACAACAGAAUGCUGCGCAACUCCAGUCCGACCUUAUGCAGCGUCAUUAUCUGCUGGAUACACUGGAGGGAAAUUUCUAUCUGCCAGCGCCGCCACCGCCACAGCUGACAUCCCAUGCCAUUGAAUAUGCUAGACACAUUGCCUGCUAUCCAAGUUGGGCCUACACACCGCCAUCGCCAGCCUCCUCCUCCUCCACGUCGUCCUCCUCUUUCAGUGGCGAGUCGGCAGCCGAGGCGGACGCAGACACCUUUGUGGAUGUGGUAGGCACUAACACGACAACCACCACCACAACGGGCACGCAUGAGUCUGCGGCUUCUGUGGCCGCCGAUGCCGAUGCCAAUGCCGAUGCACAGCCAAAGCCCAAACGGAGCAGCUUCAGCAUCUCGGACAUAUUAGGAACGAGCGUCUCCGUUUAGUCGCCGCCUGCACCCAUUUCGGGAGCACAUUGUACAUUUAAUUAGCGUUAGGUUGCCAUCGUCAUCGUAGUCUCUAAGUUGAAUUGUGAUAUUUUGCAGUUAAUUAGGAUUUCCAGGUAUUUGCCAUCAGUAUUUAUCGUAUUUAUUAUGCAAUUUUAAUUGUUCAAAUGAUUUCGUAAUGGAUUUAUUGUCUGUGGCAUUUUAAUGCGGCAUUAAUAAAAUACACACUAUAUUCAAAA